ACCCAUCAGUGGGUUUCACUUAAAGGAGCCUGUCACACUGCUUGGAGACUGCCACAUAAUCCAUCAUGAAAAUAGCAUCUUUUAACAUUCAGAAGUUUGGAAAGAAGAAAGUGUCAGACCCUGAUGUCCUCAAAAUCCUGACUAAGAUUGUGUCUCGAUAUGACAUCAUCCUGAUCCUGGAGGUGGUGGACGCCAGCAGAGAGUCCAUAGAAAUCUUCAUGAAAGAACUCAACAAAAGUGAUGUGGUUACGUUGGUGAACCAUGAGCAGUUUAAUGAAGAGGCAACAACAGGAAAAGAUGUUAUUAACAGAGACCCCUACAUCCUGAAAUUAAGAUGCAGUAAUACAGUUGUGGAGGACCUGGUGAUGAUCCCAGUUCACACCAAACCAAAGGACUCUGUGGAGGAGCUCGAUGAACUAUACGAUGUCGUCAUGUUUGUUAAGACGAAAUGGAAUACUGAUAACAUUAUGAUCUUGGGUGACUUCAAUGCAGACGGCUCGUACGUUUCCAACCGUGACAUGAAGACCAUUCGCAUUCGUGAAGACGAGAACUUCCACUGGCUGAUUGGAGAUAACGUCGACACUACAACAAGCACCAAGAACACCAACACCUAUGACAGGAUCGUGGUCUAUGGAGAUGACAUGCUUAAUGCUGUGGAACAAAAAUCUGCAAAAGCCUUCAACUUCAAGGAGGAGUUUAAUCUCGAUGAUGAGCAGGCUCUGAAAGUGAGUGACCAUUAUCCAGUGGAGGUUGAGUUGAAGUCCAUAGUUGAGACAGAUGAAACAAACGCCAAAAAGCCGAAAGGAAAAACCCCCGCCUACGCAUUCUUUGUUGUGGACUUCUAUAAGGAGCACAAGAAGAAGCACCCAGGAGCCAAAGUAACAUUACCAGAGGUUUCCAAACUGUGCUCAGAAAAAUGGAAGUCCAUGUCACCUGAGGAGAAGGCAAAGUUCGAAGAGAUGGCCAAGAAUGACAAGCGCCGGUAUGACCAGGAGAUGAAGUCCUAUGUACCACCUGCAGGUGCCAAGAAGGGCAAGAAGAAGAAGAAGGACCCCAACGCGCCCAAAAAGCCACCUUCUGCUUUCUUUAUCUUCACCUCUGAACACCGUGAAAAGAUCAAGGCGGAUAACCCGGGGAUCUCCAUCACUGACAUCGCCAAGAAGUCUGGUGAGAUGUGGAAAAAGAUGAGUACCACAGACAAGGCCCCCUAUAAGGCCAAGUACGCCAAACUGAAGGAAAAAUAUGAGAUGGAAGUGGCUGCCUACAGAGCCAAAGGCGCCAAGAAUGUGGAACCAGCUGACGACGAUGAUGAGGAUGAAGACGAUGAGGAUGAAGAUGAUGAUGACGAGGAUGAAAAUGAUAUUGACGGGAAGAUGGCUAAGUCGUUUCUGUGUUUGAGGAUGUGAAGUUUGUGAUGCGUUUGUUUGUUUAUGUUUGUUUUUGUUUUGGGUUGGACGAGUUCAGCAGUAUAACCUGCUGUCCCUGUCGGUUGACCUCAUUUGAGCUGUACUCUUUUUCUAAUUCAGGGUGUUAGAUUUAUAUUGUUUAUUGUCAUUUAUGCUUAGAAAUAUUUAACCAUAUAUGCUUAGAGGUGUUUAAUCGAUUGUGUAGUGAUAGGAUGUGUGAUCUUUGGCAGUCUGCAUAGGCUUGGUGUGCAUUCCAGAGUGUUCUGGCAUUCACACCCACAUUCUG